AUGCCUCCUCGUACUCGUCGCUCUGCCGCCGUCGCUGCUGCUGCCUUGGUCGCAGACAUGCAGAUGGAGUCUGAACCAGAAGAAGAAGAAGAAGAAGAAGACGAAGAAGAGGAGGAGGAGCAAGUCGACAUCGAGAAUGACGACGAGGACGGAGAAGGCGAAGAAGGAGAUGAAGACGAAGAUGCCGAGAGUGAAGAGCAGGACUCUGAUGCUGAAGAGGAGGAAGAGGAAGAAGAAGAAGAGCCAGUAGUACCCCAGCCUCGGCUAAAGAUCACACUUAAGCUCCCCGCGAACAACACCUCCUCCAACAGUGGUGGGACCGCCACACCUGACGACCAGGAAAAUGACUAUGUAUUCACGCGUACCCCCAGGCGGCGCGCUAAAACUAAAGUCAUACAAGAUAUCGACGUCGAAUCCGAGGACCCAACGUCCAACUCCGACUCGGAAGAGAAAGAACAGUCUGCGCCUUCGCGCUCCACGGGCACCCCCUCAGGCACUGCUGGCCCCAGUACAAAGCCGAUGACGACGCGCCAGGCUGUCUUGGCGAGCGUAGUUGACCCCUCCCAUGUUUCUUUGAAUGAAGGUACCAGGAGCAAGAAACAGCCACUCAACGAGACAGAACUCGCUCUGCGAAGGGAGGAGACUGCCAGAAAGCGGAAGAAUCUCAGCGAGAAGAAGUUGCAGGAUGAAAAGGCAGAAACUAUCAACCGUCUGCUCAAAAAGCAAUCGCGGCCCAAAAAUAAACGCAACAACACGGGCGACGAUCGCUCACCAAUGCCCGGCUCUGGCGCGCGCACGCCCAAAGUCAAAACAGCCGCCGCCGCCGCAUCAAAGAAUGGAAACGGAGAGGAUGGAGAGGAUGCCGAGGGUGAUGAAGAUGAGGAGGAUGCGAUGGAAAUCGUGCCGGAGCCUGUGGAAGAGGUCAAGCCCGUCAUGUAUCGCUGGGUAUCGACGAUCCGCGCGUUGCCCCCGGUGGAGCCUAUUACCGCUGCACCUGCAAACGGUGGAGUCACCGCGGAUGGUGAAGGUGGGAUGAAACAUGAGGAUGUAGAUAUGCAGGUGGAUAAAGAAGCAGAUGGGAAGCAGAUGGUUGUGAAGAAGGAGGUGCAAGUGCCUAUCAUGCGAAUCACGUUCUCCAUCCCUGAGCUCGCCCUCGCUCGUCAUCCACCGCCACCCACUCAACCCAAUACCGUGCUUCCAACCUCUGAAACUAUCAACCCUUCAAACUCUACCGCAAUGCAAGUCGACGACGACAACAGCGUCAGCAAACCCUCUGAAGAAGAGCUGCAACGGCAAGCACGCGAAAAAGAGCGGGCGGAGAAAGAAGCAAGGGCGCGUGGGCCGGGUGUGUGCGCUGUGGACGGGUGUGGACUGCCGCGCAAGUACCGGCACCCGGGGGACUGGACGGUCGGCGCUUGUGGAAUGGGGCAUUUGAAAGAAGUUGGGAGGCUGGUGGAGAGGAGGGCGGUUGUUUGA